AUGAUCGAGGCAAAAACCAGACACGUUGACUGGUCAGAUAUCGAUGAAGGCACAUUUACUCGGUUAUGUGAAUUUGCAUAUCUCCGGAACUACACACCCCCGACGUUUCGCUUGAUUGAUGGCAAGUCUCCUUCUAAAAAAGCGACGAAGAAACGGAAAAAGAAGGGCCAGAAUUCCAAGUGGAACGGCUCUUGGGAAGAACUUGCACCCGAGCCCGAUCCCGAGCCUGAACCCGAGCCUCAACCCGCUCCAGAGUUUCCAGAGUUUGAGCCGGAGGUGCUUCCUUCCGAAGCCGUCUGCGAUGAUCUAGAAAUUCCCUAUAAAGAGAGAAGCGUGGGGACUGGGCAAUUACGCGAUACAUUUGAACGAAGCUUAGUGGUCCCAAGUUCACAAACUACCGAGUUGAACUAUACCUUCACGCCACCCCAAAAUACCGGGCCUUGGGAAGACUUUACCCCUGUUUUUCUGGAACAAGCUCGACUAUACGUGCUAGCCGACAAGUAUGGCAUAGACUCAUUGUGCAAACUGGUAAUUUCUAAAAUGUAUCGAACACUACAAAGCUUCAAACUUUAUGAUACGGGAUUGAGUGGUAUCAUUGAACUUGUUCGAUUUGUCUACAUGAACACACCACCAAAUUACGGUGGAAAGAUUGAUGCCAUGAGGAAUUUCGUAACACGUUACGUUGUUUCUGUUCUUGGUCAAAUUGGUGAGAAUGAGUCUUUCCAAGAGAUUUUAGAAGAAGGCGGCCCUUUCGUCAGUGAUUUCUGGCACAUCAUUUGGGGUAACAAGGAAAAUUCUAGUGCAUGA